AUGGAGAGCAAACUGGAAGGGAAGAGAGUAGCCAUCAGUGGCGUAUCUUCUGGCAUUGGCGUCGAAACCGUUCGUGCAAUCGCAGCAACAGGGGCGACGCUCUACCUAACGGCCAGGGAGGAAAAAAUCAAAACCUCCCUCAGGAAAGUAGUUAAGCCAGACAGGAUACACCUGGUCCAGAUGGACUGGGCUUCCCUAGAGAGCGUCCGGAAUGUGGCGAAGGAGAUAUUAGAAAAGACAGACAAAAGUUAA